AAUUAGAUGUUCGAUGAGCAGGUGUCCACAUACUUUUGGUCACGUAGUGUAUCUAGAAUCAGUUUAGCCUUUUUAGAUCAUAAGGAAUAAGCUGACAAGGAUCUGACACUUAAAUACGGGCCCUGAUCUGUUGCUUUUCUUCCCCUUAUUUUAAGGAGGAGAUGCAGUGAAUUUCGCAUAAUAUUAAGCUACCAGGAACUCUGUAGAUUUUAAGGGUGUCCAGUAUGUUCUGGUUUUAGAGUAUAUUUGUUCCAUCAAAGCAAGAUGAUCUGUAGACAGACAGCUGAUGGUGCUGAUGCUGUUUGUGUUCAUAGUACUAUACUGUACUGUUGAAAGUAUAUGACUGUUUCAGAGGCCCUGUCUCCAUAUUGGAGUAGAGUAGGCCCUGUCUCAUAUAUCUUUGUGUUUGAUGCAAGGAAAGUUCUCGGUCGUAGUGAAUUUAAGCCUUAAAGGUUAAGGGACAUUUUCAUCUGUUUUUGUAUGGCACACUGUUUGCUACACUAACCACUGUGUGCACUGCAGACAACAAAUCUCAACAUAGGAAACUUAAUAAGCAAUAUCCUAAUAGGUCCCUGUAGGAUGGAUAGGUCAUUGAAUCUGCAGUCCUUGUGACCUUUCUAAGAGCAGCUUUACUUGUUCACUGAUGUAUGUAAUAAUCAGACCCUGACAUUCACUAUAUAAUAGGGGUAGAAAAGACUGUCCCAAAUGGCACACUAUUCCCAAUAUAGUGCACUACUUUUGGUAAACAAUAGUGCACUUUAUUUGGAAUAGGGUGCCAUUUGAGGGAAAAUGUAUUCAAUGUUAAAUUGGGGGAAAUGUCAUUGCUGUAAUUAUUUUUAUGCUGCUAAGAGGUAAAGCUUGCAGAAUUAAAAGCCAACUCUCUUGUUAAACUGCAUCAAGACUUUUUGCUAGAAGCAUGAAGUGUAGAUUGAAUUUCUGUAUAAAGUAUAAAAUACAUUUCUAAUAAUAAUAAUAAUAAUAAUAGGCCAUGUAAAUAAUUAAUUUUUUCCACUUUUAAGACGAUGGUUGUUUUUUUCUGAUAAGAGUCGUUUUUGUAAAGGUAUUUCUGAUAUUUUUACAUGGUGUCAAUAACCGUUAUGUUUAGGAUGUUGGUAUAAGAGAAAGGAAGACUCCUUGAAAUAAAAUCUAACAAUGAAUGUGGGCUGCCUAGAUAUACAUUUCUGAAGCAGUUACAUUAUGUUAUAUGAUUUGAGUAGUAAUGUUACUUUAAAGAUUAAGUGACUUACUAUAACUCUACAUCUUACUUGGGACAUGUAUGAAAAGCUAUUACAGGAUUAUUGUGAAAGAACAUGCAUGGGUAACUGAUUGUUAAAAUGCUAAGUAAUCCUGUCAUGUUGGUUUCAUUUGCCCUUUUUAAAUAUGUGGAAGGAGAGAGAGAUCUGACAUUUUCCCAAUCGACCCAUGGGAUCUAAUGGCAAACAAAUGACCUUAUUCAUUACCGGACAAUGUCUUUAUUUCCCAUAUGAAAUAGAAUUCAUAGCAAUGUCUGUCCCAAAUGGCACCCCAUUGUCUAUAUAGUGCACUAUUUUUGACCAAAGCCCUAUGGGCCCUGGCCAAAAGUAGUGCACUGUAAAGGGAAUGGGGUGCCAUUUGGGACGUAGCCAUGAUCUUUUCUUCUGACGUUAUAUGAUGCCAUGGUGUGAUAAACAGCUGUGAACAAAGUUGCAGAACACUGAAGAGGUUCUCUCAAGUACAGCUGCAUUCUUCAAGGUUGAUACAGGAACUGUUGAAAGGAACAUGUCUGAAAAGUACUCCUUCCCCAGAUGGCUAUUGCUAAGAAACAGCACAUCGUCGAUUAUUGAAGACCUUUCCCUGCCCUUAGUUCCCUUCGAGGACUGCAGCUCAACCCGCAACUACGCUGCAACCAUCAUUCCCCCAUUCUACCAUACCCUCUCACUGCUCGGUAUCUUUGGAAACAUCUGUAGCCUGGUGAUCUGCCUCAAACCAUCUCGACCUUGGAGUAUCGGCUCCAUCGGAGUACUGAACCUAGCUCUGUGUGACCUAGCCUACCUGGCCUCCAUACCGCCCAGGGCUAUCUAUGUAAGUGAGAACUAUGACUGGAGCAUGGGCAGUUCACUGUGCAUCCUGAGUAACGUACUCCACUUUGUAGGUCUGACCUCCAGCACCAUGUUUAUCUGUGCUGUCAGCACCGACCGCUUCCUGGCUAUUGUCUUCCCACUCGAGACCCGGAUGCUCCGCACCCCCCGCAACGCUGCCCUGGUCUCCCUGCUCCUAUGGGCCAUUACAUGCCUGCUCAUUUACCUCAGCUAUCCUAACAUCAACUACAGGGUGCAGAAGAGCGGCAACCGCUACUGUGGAACUGUGGUAACCUCAAAGUUCAGGUCCAGUGCAAUCACCUAUAAUCUGUUGUCCUACUACUCUGUGCAGGUAUCUGUUCCCUUGCUCCUCAUCAUCCCUUCCUAUGUGAAGAUUAUAGCCAGGAUGAGGCAGUCACGGCAGCAGUGGGCUGCAGGCAACAUGCAGGACAAGACCAUCUGGCUGAUUGCAGUUUUCAUAGCCAAUUUCUUUGUGUGCUGGGUACCAGGGCAGUUGCUCCAUAUAAUAGCUUGCAUCAUCUUCUUCACCCUAUAUGACCACACUAAUACGUGCAUGGUGGCCAAUGUGGUGAACCUUCUAGUGGAGUCCUCCCAGUUACUCUACUGCCUCAAUGCUAUUCUGGAUCCCUUUAUUUUCCACAUCCAAGAGGGGCUUUGGGAGCUGGUCAGUAAAGCACUAGAGUCUGUUGGUUGUGGAGUCUGUUGGUGGAGGAAUUAUGCAUGUAGUGGAAUGAAACAUUUUGGAGGACCCCCUUCAGUCAGUGUAGUCCAACUGAGCUGAGAUGAAAUUUGCUUUUAGAUGCAUUUCGUCUGCUGUUUGAGAGAUUCCGAGAAAAUGUAGGCAAUGAUGCAUGCAUUUAGCCUGGUUGCCAGUCGCUGUUCAGCUAUUACAUUCCAGACGGGGCUUUCUUCUAAUAUGAAUAUUUGAACAUCUGUUUUUUUUCAAUCAUUUAUUUGUUUUGGUAACAUUUUUACAAGUAUGUGGUACAUUUUCACAACUCUUAAUACAAAACUCAAACAGGCAGUUUUUAAACAUCAAGCACAUUUUCAUUUUCAAAAUCAGUCACUUUUUCAUCAAACUUAAUCAGUUUCAUCAAGAAAUACAUGUUUCAAAUUGCAAUACAUGUUCAUAUAAAGUACUUGCCUUUCACAAUGCAAUGCUCGCAUUACUUUUGAUAUGAUUGUCUUUUCAUUUGUUAAAAUACCUUUCUCUUACUUAAUCCAACUGCUCUUAAUAGAUAAUCACUUUGUCUACUAUAUACAGAUUUUGAGAAUAAUAGAAUGGAAAUGUAAAGUAUGAUUUAUAUAUAUGACAGCUUUGCACACUCUUGGCAUUCUCUCAACCAGCUUCAUGAGGUAGUCACCUGGAAUGCAUUUCAAUUCCAGAUAGCGCUAACCCUUUGGCACAUGACACAGAGUACAAGGAGUAGAACGAAAGUUAGUCCGACUGGUACCAAGACUAGCAUGCAUUCGUGUCUGGGAAACAUUAAAUAUAUUGUCAAUGUCACUUCCCACACAAAGCCAUGUUUGUUAAAUUGAGGUCUAAGUAAUGUAAAAAGUUAACUAAAACACUUAAGUUAUGUGUUUGUCAGUGUAAUGCCUGUAAAUGAAAAGGUAAAUAAAA